UUGGUGGCGGCAUGGGCGACACGCUGGAGGAGCCGUGGUGGGACAGCGAGCCCGGGACGGGCGGCACGCCAGGAGAGAAGAUCUAAGGGAGCAGGACUGCAGCAUAAAGGGACAGAAAAGCAAUCCACCAUCUGCCUGCAGCAAAUGAAUUUAGAUCCUUCAGAUGAUGAAGCUAUUGAAAAAGCAAGUGAAAACAGGACAGCAACACGUCAAGAUUCAGAUUCCAAACCUGCUGUGAAAAAGAAAAGAAAGCAGCCUACAGAGUGUUUUUUAAGUCAGCCUGAAGAAAAGCAAGAGAGUGCUGUGAAGGCAAAGAAGAGGAAGAAGAAGAAGAUUUCUGAUGUUCUGCAAAAAUCUGCUCCAAAACCUGGUGUCCCUGCAGAUCUACAAAAUCUGCUUAGUCAACAUUUUGGUGAAAACCGUUCUGUGAUUGAAAUAGAGGAAUUAAAGCUGUCAGAUUCCUGCUUUUUGCCAGCCAAUGAUCUUACCCACAGUUUUUCUUCAUACCUGAAGGAAAUCUGUCCGAAGUGGGCGAAGCUCCGGAGGAACCACAAGGAGAAGAAGUCACUGGUGAUGUUGGUGCUCUGCAGCUCUGCCCUGCGCUCCUUGGAGCUCAUCAAGUCAAUGACAGCCUUUAAAGGAGAUUGCAGAGUCAUCAAGUUGUUUGCAAAGCACAUAAAGAUAAAGGAACAAAUGAAUAUGUUGGAGAAAGGCAUGUUCCACAUUGGGGUUGGAACUCCUGGGAGAGUAAAGGCACUAGUGGAGCAAGAUGCCCUGUGCUUAAACUCUGUGAAAUAUAUGAUUCUGGAUUGGAACUGGAGAGACCAGAAACUGAGGAGAAUGAUGGACAUCCCUGAGAUAAAGAAAGAAACAAUUGACCUACUGGAGAAAAGUAUUAUAAAGCUGUGCAGAGAUGGAUCUGUGAAGCUGGGACUCUUUUAAUAGUUUACCAACAAGGAAGUAAUUUGCAGCUGCAUUUUACUAAUAUCCUGCCUGCAACUGAAUUUUGACUUUUCAGAGGUCUCAAUACAGAAGGCACAUUGCAACUUUUUCUGAGUUUUCUUUUAAUAAAAACCUAGAUGUUUUGUUUGUAGUUCUAGUAUUAUUUUUAUUGCAGCAACAAUGUCAUACUGAAACCAGAGUUACACUGCUUUCACCUGCUAGAUUUACUACUACAUGUCACAAGUAAGACUUUGAAGAUGAGCAAAUAUGGGUGUGAAAGUCUUUGCACAGCUCAGUUUUCUGUUCCCUCCCUGUGCUGUCCCAAAUGAGACAUGUAUUUCUCUCAUGAGAGUGGUAAUCUACUUGCUCUUGGGAGGUCUUUGAAAAAGUUGUAUGAAUUUCAGUAACAUGUUGAAAAGGUAUUUUUCACCUAUCUGUUCUGGACCUAACCAAAUGCUGCUUUUUGGUCUUACAUGAUAAAUUAUCUGUACAUUACACUGAGAUUUUAUUUUGGUUAAACUGUUGAAGUGUGCAAAAAGUAUUCUUAUGUUUGUCCAUUUAAAAUAAA